AUGUGCUCUUCGAGUAUACAGGGCCUAUGGCUCGAGCUGGAGACACGUGCUGUGUAUAACGUCACUGCCUCUGAGAAGCCCAACCAUUGGUCCGUGACCCUGGUGGACUUCCCCACCAGCAACCAGUGCAUCUUUGAGAUCCGCGAUGGAGGAAAGGGCAAGCAGCUCUUUCCCAUGGGCCAGCUGAAAUCGAUGCAGCCUUAUCGGCUCUCGCAAGGGUUGGGCAGCCGACCCACACGCAUUGUAUGGUGCUCCGACACGCCCACCCGGCAGCGUCAGCGCACGUGGGAUAAGCGCGUGCAGUUGUGGAGCUCAACCUUGGUUCAGCUGACGUACGAGUUUGAAAACUCUGUUUUUCAGCUGGUCCUGCGGAAGCUCACAGGCGAGGUUAUUUCCACGGUGGCCAUGGAUCUGGAUACAAGCUGGGUGGAAGCAAGGGUGCUCAUGAUUCCGGGUCUCAAAGACCUGCUCUCGAAAGCGAGGAAGCUGGCUUUCGUGUCCCCCAAGGGAGACGUCCUGACACGAUCUGAUGACAGGAGACCCAUCGGGGACAUCGUGGGAUUUGGCGGUGGAGAUGACCAGAAGCCAGGGAAGAAGCAACGGCUUUCCAGAUGA